GCACGAUGUAGAGCGGGAAGGGGCGGGGUGUAGCGCUGAGGGAGGUAGUGCGCGCCAUUGGGGACAGGCCAGACUGGAGCGCUCCGGGGCCCGGGAUUAUCACUCGUAGUAUCCCGCAUGGCUCCCCCUCUGGUCCGGUCUCAGUAAUUACCCCGUAUGGCCCCUCAGAAGCACGGGGGCAGCUCGGGACCCACCAGCAAAUCCAACGCCACAGCCUCCCUCCUGCCCGUCCGGAAACCCAAGAUGGAGCAGAUCCAGGCGGACCAUGAGCUCUUCCUGCAGGCCUUUGAGAAACCAACACAGAUUUAUAGAUUUUUGCGAACAAGGAAUCUCAUAGCUCCAAUUUUUUUGCACAGAACCCUCACCUACAUGUCGCACAGGAAUUCCAGAUCAAAUGCCAAAAGGAAAAGCUUCAAAGUUAAUGACCUGCUGUUGAAAGUGGAAAAAAUGAAGGGAGAUCAGGAAUCCCACAGUGUAUCCGCUCAUUUACAGCUGACAUUUACUGGUUUCUUCCAUAAAAUUGAUAAGCCAUCGCAAAACUCAGAAAAUGAUCAAAGCUCUGUGACUCUGGAGGUUCUGCUUGUUAAAGUUUGUCACAAGAAACGAAAGGGCAGGUACAAUGAUUCAGUGGCAGUGCAAGCUUCCCCACGCAGUGCUGGUAAUGACCCCAAGCUGGAGGGCCAGCACUUUCUAGGGGAUGUAAACUGUCCCAUACGCCAGGUUCCUACUGGGAAAAAGCAGGUGCCUCUCAAUCCAGAGCUGAACCCAGCAAAACCAUCCAGUUUUCCUUCACUCGCUGUAUCCAGCAAUGAAUUUGAACCCAGCAACAGCCAUAUGGUCAAAUCCUACUCUCUGCUUUUCCGGGUGACCCGUCAGGGGCGAAGGGAUUUCAAUGGAUUAACCAAUGGAGAGACUAAUGAAAACAUAGAUGUCUCUGAGGAGCUUCCAACUCGUAGAAAGCGCAAUUCAUCCAGCAUAGAUGAAGGAGAGAAGACAUUUGUGGCACAGAUGACUGUAUUUGACAAAAACAGGCGCUUGCAGCUACUGGAUGGGGAAUACGAAGUUGCAAUGCAGGAAAUGGAGGACUGUCCUGUAAACAAGAAAAGGGCCUCGUGGGAAACCAUACUGGAUGGAAAGAGGCUGCCUCCGUUUGAAACAUUUUCUCAUGGACCAACCCUUCAAUUUACACUUCGGUGGACAAGUGACACCCCUGAUAAAUCUACUGCCCCUAUUGCCAAGCCUCUAGCCACCCGCAACUCAGAGUCUCUCCCUCAAGAGCAUAAACCUUCAUCUGUCAAACCUGCACAGACAAUUGCUGUGAAGGAAUCCUUUUCCUCUGAUUUGCAAGCCAGAAAGGAACGUGACGUUUCCACUGAACAACGGCAGAAGCUAAGGAUAUUUUACCAGUUCCUGUACAAUAACAACACCAGGCAGCAGACUGAAGCCAGAGAUGACCUGCACUGCCCAUGGUGUACAUUAAAUUGUCGCAAACUCUAUAGUUUGAUCAAACACCUAAAACUCUGUCACAGCAGAUUCAUCUUCAACUAUGUGUAUCAUCCCAAAGGUGCUCGGAUCGAUGUUUCGAUCAAUGAAUGCUAUGAUGGCUCUUAUGCGGGAAAUCCGCAGGACAUUCAUCGCCAACCAGGCUUUGCCUUUAGCCGCAACGGGCCAGUUAAAAGGACUCCAAUCACUCACAUCCUUGUCUGCAGACCAAAGAGGACAAAAGCAAGUAUGUCUGAAUUCCUGGAGUCUGAAGAUGGUGAGGUGGAACAGCAGCGAACAUACAGCAGUGGCCACAAUCGCUUGUAUUUCCAUAGUGACACGUGCCUUCCUCUCCGGCCCCAGGAAAUGGAGGUGGACAGCGAGGAUGAGAAGGAUCCAGAGUGGUUAAGGGAGAAAACCAUAACUCAAAUUGAGGAAUUCUCUGAUGUCAAUGAAGGGGAAAAGGAGGUGAUGAAAAUGUGGAAUCUGCAUGUUAUGAAACAUGGGUUCAUUGCAGACAAUCAAAUGAAUCAUGGCUGCAUGCAAUUUGUAGAGAACUAUGGACCCGAAAUCGUUCAGAAAAACCUGUGUCGAAACUUUAUGCUUCACUUGGUGAGCAUGCACGAUUUCAAUCUAAUCAGCAUCGCAACCAUAGACAAAGCAGUGACGAGAUUGCGAGAAAUCCAACAAAAACUGGAGAAGGAUGUGUGUGUGGCUCCCCCUAGUGAAGAGCCCCCCGAAGAGCCAAACAGAACCACAAACAGCUUCAUGGAAUCGAAUGGAAAAGACCAAGCACUAGAGAAUGAUUGUGUCUCAGGGCCACCCAAACACAGCAAAAAGCAAAAGCCCUGAAGGGAAAAGGUGCACUGAAUGGGGGGUGGGGUGGAUAUGUGAUCCAGCAAAGGGAAUAUCCAAAAGCUCUUGGCUCCCAGGGUUUGUGUGCAAACGAACUAACGGCUAUUAGAAGAGCAAUACCACCUACACCUUUGUAUCUUUAGUAUCUAGCGUCUUCUACACAGUUUAUCAACUUAAUUUAAAGCUCCAAGACUGUUUUAAUAUGACCUGUUUGCAUCAGUGAUCAAUUUCUCCUCCUGCCACUAGGCGUGACUUUAUAUAUAUUUGACUAUAUAUAUAUAUAUAUAUAUAUUUGACUACAGACUGUCCGUUUUUACUUUUGUUAUAUUUUUCCUGUGUUUUUUGCUUCCAGCCUGACUGCUCAGUUUGUCUUUCGCCACAGCACAAUAUUAGUGAAAGACGUAGGCGACAAUAGCACUUGUACUGUGCAUCUUCAUAUCCAAACACCGCUCUGUCAGUCUGUGUUGUACCCCUGGAGGAGAAAGGCACCUUUUCUCUCUAUGCUCUCUUCUAAGGUGCUCCGAGCAGACAUGGGCAUUCGCUCCUGCUGAAGAACUGGAUCUCCUGCCCAAGCUAGCAGGGGAUGCUGGGGUUUGUAGUGUCGUCGUGUCUUUAAGGCCUUGCUUUUCUGUGGAUGCUACACAUUUACAUAAAAGUGUAUUUGAAAGGUUUUCAUCUGCGCAAUGAAUUAGUAUUUGUUAAAGGUAAAACGGAGCUGUAACAAGGUGAUUUCUGACUGACCCCAGAACAGCACAGACCUGAGAAAUAGUCUAUUGUGUGCAAACGGCCACUGUUUCCGUGGCUGCCCACAUGUGAGAGGCGUCUUCCACAAACUGCCACUUGGUAUCUCCCACCAAACUAUCCGGAAUGUUCCUUUUGCAAUGGAAAGUGCAGGGGGUUGCAUGUGACCUGUUACAAAGAUAUUCGCCUUGGAUGACAGAGCUGUUCAUUGUAUAAGAGAUCUGUGAUACCUUUAGUAUGUGUCUGCAGUAUGCAACCUGUCGCAGCAGGACUAGGAUUUGGAGUUUAAUAAUGGCAGGGGCCAUAAACUUGGCCCCCUUUCUCCAAGCCUUUCUGCACUGCCAGGUAGCCCCCCCCCCCAUUCUCCAUAUGUGGCUGUGAGAUAAGUCUGAGCUCCUGCCAGUCACAUCGUUUGCGUUUCCUUUUCUCUGCAUGUUUACAGAAUGGUCUUUACUGGAAAGCUGGCUCCAUUUCUUUUCAUCUGCCCGUCUUCACACUCUUAUUUAUGAAUCAAAACCAUGCUGCUCUUGCUAUUUUACAGGUUACCCACCCAUGAAAGUGAGGCUCCAAGCUUGUUUUAAUUCUCUGUGACUGUGACCAUGAGUUUAUACAACUGUACAGAAAUAUUCCAAUGGUUUUAAAGAUAAAUGUUAAUUGUCAGGCUAUUUAACUAAUUGUGUGGGCGUUUUUUGAUUUAUCAUCGGUAUGAAUACCCUGCCGCUGUUACUUGUGUAAUAGGAAGAAAUAUCGGCUGAUGUUUGUUAGAUGGAUUAGAUUUUCCUGCUAAUUUUCGGUCAUAGUGGCCUCAAUAUAUUCCUCCUUCACUGUGGUCCCCCUAAAGGUUCUGGACAGUGAUUUUUCAGUUUCUUACAAGAUUAAAUUUUUUUUCUGGUUCAGAUCAGGAGCAAGGUGCAUUUUUUUUUUGGCUUUGUUGGUUUGGUUAUUGGGGCAGUCUGUGUGGCACAUGAAUACAAAUGCAGUUUCAGAGCUGGAUUUCAUGCUACACCUGACUGACAUUGUUUGCACAGCUUGUUGGGGUGACACCCUCCCCUACUCCCUUCAUGAAAUUUCGUCUAAUGAACUUGUCAUGUUGUCACUUUCUAAUAAAAGCUGAAAACAUC